CGAGAACCAUUUCCUGUUUGUAGCUCUUGAUAUUCUCGCAUGGACGACACUGCUUGUGUUCAGACACGGUUAAGAAACUUACAGAGCAUCAACGCAGUGAUGUUGUGAUGUUGUAUAAAUUGAAAUCAUGAAUAUUCUUAAUCGCUCUCAGAAGCUGGUGUCAUCGGUAUUUAGAAGUAGCGUUUUAAUGGAGCAAACUGUUUCUAGAAGCCUCUGUUCUGUCCCCAAAGCUCACAGUGUGUCCUCACGUCAGCACAGGUAUCAUGUGACGUCAUCCACACGUCACUUAGAAACAAGAAGAUUCUAUUCAGAGUUGCGUGAUGAAAACAGUGAUUCAAAGAGGAGCUCUGCCAUGUGUCCGGAGGAAGAGCUGGACAGCAGGGCCCUGAGUCAGAGAACCCCUGACACUUUCACUCUUGACGUGUUGGUGUCUCUACUGCGUCAGGAAAAUGCCGUGGACAUCUGUGUGAUUAAAGUACCAGAGCACAUCAAAUAUGCAGAGUACUUCAUCGUUGUCAGCGGUGUAUCAGCGAGACACCUCCGCGCAAUGGCCCUUUAUGCCAUCAAAGUGUACAAGUUUCUGAAGAAAACUAGAGCUCCAAAUGUCAAUAUUGAAGGGAAAGAUGCAGAGGACUGGAUGUGUAUUGACUUUGGAAAUAUGGUUGUUCACUUCAUGCUACCAGAGACCAGAGAAGUGUAUGAACUGGAGAAACUCUGGACUCUCCGCACGUAUGAUGAGCAACUAAAGAGCAUGCCCAUUGAGACUCUACCAGAGGACUUCAUAUAUGAUGUUGAAGUCACAAAGUGACAAAUCAUCUGAGCUGUGUGCACAGAAUUUACUACUUCUUUGUGACUUUGGAUGCAUCCUUCCUGUCCCUUUGUGUAGAAAGGCGUUUUUUUUUUUGUCACUUAAAAUGAUUUGUGUUUGAAAUUGAAAGGGAUUGAACAGCAGUAUUUUGGGAAUAACUGCCCCCAUCAUAUUGAUUUAUCAUAUACACUUUUCUUUUCACAUUAUUUAACCAUUAUGGGGCAUCAGGUGUUAUUUCUAUAUUAACAUUGUUUAUGUUUAACUGAUUUUUGUGUAUGCUGGAAAAAAAUAUGAAUGUUGUAACAUAUUGUGGUGGUUAAAAAUAAAUUAUUUUAAAACC